UCGUCCAUUGGUGAUGGCCAGAAAAUUGUAUAAUUUUCCAUGUAAUGAGUCCCACUUUCCUGGGAAGGCACCCUCCUUCUCUGUCCCUUUUCCGUUGUUGAUUUUUCUGGAAGUUGGAUUUGAUCAUUUCCCUCUCUUGUUUCGGUGUGUGGGUGUCCCUGUGUGCAUGAUUUACUACUGAUCUUCAAUCUUCAGACCAACCAUGGUGAUCAUUACUGUUGCAAGUGCGUUAAUCUAUGCGAACAAGAUGAGCUUUUUCGAAGCCUUUACAGACAAUAUGAAGAACGUGUGGACUGAAUGGGAGCUUCGAGGUCUAAUUCUGCUCAGCCUCAUCUUGCAAAUACUACUGAUACUGUUAGGCAAACGCCGAAAGUACAUCGCCAGAACUUGGAUCAGAGUCACUCUCUGGUCUGCCUAUUUAAUGGCCGAUUGGGUCGCAACAGUGGCUCUCGGUGUCAUCUCCAACAGUGGUCGACAAAAUCCAAUCCCCGUCAAGGACAAAGACACAUUACUCGACAAGAAGCAUCUGAUGUCGUUCUGGGCACCUUUUCUUCUGCUUCACCUCGGCGGUCCCGACACCAUCACCGCCUACGCCAUGGAAGAUAAUCAGCUCUGGUUGCGGCACCUGCUUGGACUGGUGGUUCAGAGCGGAGUCGCAAUCUACAUCCUUUUCAUGGCUUGGCCUCCUGCUCAUUCAUGGCUUCCAAUUUUGAGUCUACCCAUGUUUUUGGCUGGUCUGAUUAAGUAUGGAGAACGGACUUGGGCUCUGAGAUCAGCAAAUACGGAACAACUCCGUGAAUCGUUGCUCACUCUCCCCGAUCCCGGCCCCAAUUACGCGAAAUUCAUGGAGGAAUUCACUAUAAAGAAGGCCGAGGGGUUCCAUGUGAAAGCCGUUGAGGUGAUUGAAGAAGCCCCAGUUCCCAUUGAUCAUUCGCAUGCUGUUACAGGCCACGAAUUAGUACUCAAAGCAUAUGAUCUAUUUCAGACAUUCAAACGCCUAUUCGUAGAUCUCAUCCUUAGUUUUCAGGAUCGAGACGCGAGUAAAGCCUUCUUUCAGGAACUCUCUGACUCUCCCGAAACUGCUUUCCAUGUGAUUGAGGUUGAGCUCGGAUUCGCUUUCGAUGUUCUCUACACCAAGGCACCUGUGGUUUACACACUUGUAGGCUGCAUUCUGAGAUUUAUAUGUUUCUCUUCUACUUUUGUUGUGUUGGUUGCGUUUGUAUUGUUGUGUCGGACAGAGACGCAUAAGUAUCAGUUAAUCGAUGUGAUCAUCACUUACUUGUUGCUGAUUGUGGCAAUUUUGCUGGAAAUGUAUGCUGUCGUUGUUAUGAUCCGCUCAGACUGGACAGAUCAUUGGUUGAGUGAACACAAGAGAACUCGGGACUUUUUCCUGAUGCCUUGCCUGAAAAAACCCAAGAAACAUUGGUGGUCUAAUUCCAUGGCGCAGUACAAUUUACUAAGCUUUUGCCUCGGGGAUAAGCCAGCAACGUGCCCUGGGAUCCAAAAGCUACUUCGGAUUUAUGAUUUUCGAGAGAAACACCGUUACAAGACGUACAGUGAUGCGUCCCCGAAGCUGAAAGCCAUUAUCUUCAAUCAUUUAUUGGAGAUUAUGAGAAGCAGCAACGACGACCCAUUGGCUUUAUGUACACACAGAGGUAGUUUUGUUCUCAAGCAAUACGAUUUACCCAAAUUUGAGUGGAGUACCAAGGUAGAAUUUGACCAAAGCAUUCUUAUCUGGCACAUUGCUACGGACCUGUGCUAUUACAUGGAAGAUGGUGGUGUCAAUACAGCGAACAAAGAGGAGAGCAAGCAAAUUUCGGACUAUAUGUUAUACCUUCUGGUAAUGUGUCCAGCUUUGUUGCCAAUAGGAAUUGGGAUGAUCAGGUUUCGAGACACUUGUGCGGAAGCCAGGUUGUUCUUUGAAGAAAGAAGUUCCGUAACUGGUGAUGGAUUUAAAUUUAAAGCCAAUGCCUGUGAGAAGUUGUUGCAAGUGAACACUGAAGUAUUACCAAUUAAAGUGAAGGGGGACAGGAGCAAAUCUGUGUUGUUCGAUGCUUGCAGGCUUGCAAAGUCUUUGCGCGCCAUGAAGGAACAAAAAUGGGGUAUUAUGAGUCUUGUGUGGGUGGAGAUGCUAGCUUAUGCGGCUACUCACUGUAGAGGAAAUCACCACAUUCAGCAGCUCAGGAAAGGCGGUGAGCUUCUCACUCAUGUCUGGCUUCUGAUGGCGCAUCUGGGUAUUACAGAACAGUUCCAAAUAUAUCAGGGCCAUGCUAGAGCUAAGCUGAAUGACGAGUAGGAAAGGGCACAGUGCUGAAUUGUUGUUAGGUGUUUUGCACUGUAAGGUCCUUUUAUGCUUUCUCUUGGAAAUGAAUGAUGUGAGAGGUUAGCAUACUAUCUUGAGAAAUGUCUUGACCAUGGGAAUGUCAACUUCAUCAAACAAUGUGGGUGUUUGGGAAGUGGGUUUUUAUGUAGGUUUUUUUAGUUGUAAGAUAUUAUUAGAUAAAAAA